GUAAAACUGACCCUAUUUCCUUUCUCACUUCGAGAUAGGGCAUCUCUAUGGUUGGAUAGCUUUCCAACAGGACAUUUCACGACAUGGGCAACACUACACCAGGCGUUCAUGCAAGAGUACUUUCCUCCGUCGGCGGUUGCUAAAAUCAAAAACAGCAAUCCAAAAUUUUAGGCAAUUCCCGACGGAAUCAUUAAAUGAAGCAUGGGAGCGCUUCAAGGAUAUGAGAAACAAGUGCCCACUCACACUGAUAGACCCUAGCAGCUUGAUGUUCCAUUUCUAUAAUGGGCUUCAAGUUUGAAGCAAAAAAGAGCUUGAUUUCUCUUCACAGGUGGGAUCGUUCCUUGACAUGGCGCCCGACGCCAAUGAAACUCUAGUGGAGAAGGUCACUUCCAACGCAAGAUACUGGUACGAUGAAAGAACUCCAGUGGCCACAAAACCAGGCUAUCUUGAAGUGGACCAACUCACGGCCUUAACCGCAAAGAUUGAAGGGUUGGUGGUGGAAGUGAAAAAUCUGAAAGGCGAAAACAAUCACACCAACCAGGUCAACCACAUAGGUGCUGCCCCGAAUUAGCAACCAUCCUGAUACUUCGGGAACUCAAACUCUGCCCCACACUCAUCACAAUUUAAUGUUUAUUCACCUGUUUCUAAUUCAACUGAACUUGUACUCUCAUGUGAGAUAUGUUUUGGUCCACAUUUGACCAAUUAAUGUCAAUUAGUUGAUGAUUGUAAUGUAAGUAACAACAGGGAGGUAAACAUGUUGGAAUAUGGCCGAACGAAACAAGAAGGGCCAUGGGCAAAUCAAGGCAAUAGGGGGGGGGGGGUAACACAAAUUACCCUCCCGAGAAUUACCAGGGGAGAAACUACCAAUGCAACCAAUGGCAGGGGGAUUACAACAAUGGUCCUCCUCGUGGAGGUUACCAAGGUAACCAGAGCUACCCCAACAACAACAAUCAAGGGCACAACUUCCACGGGCGAAACCAAGGAGGGGCAGUAAACCAAUCAACCCAGAACAAUCACGUUUAUGCACCCCCGCAUAUACGACAAACAGAGGCGGCCCAAACCUCGGAGAUAGGCUUGUUGGUAGCUGAACUAGCAAGGCAACGAGAGGAAAUGGCAAAAUACAAAGCUAGCACUGACAAUCAGAUCAAAACUCUGAUGAUGCAAAUUACUCAGAAUAAUGUUCCCGGUCGUCAGCCUGGCAACUUGCCUAGCACUACAGAACCUAAUACCCGUGAACAUGUGCAAGCUAUCACUCUCCGAAGUGGGAGACAAACAACCGAGCAGAAGAACAGUGAAGAGGAGGAGACACCUAGUAUGACACCUGAGAAACAUAUUGAUGCUCCAACUGGGAAGAGCAUGGAACCAACACGCCCUAACACAAAGGUCACCAUUGUCAAACCUUCUCUCCCGUUUCCUUCACGGGUUAUAAAUGAUGACGAUAGUAGGAAAUACAACAAAUUCCUGGACCUACUCAAACAACUCCACGUCAACCUUCCGCUGAUGGAUGCAUUGGCGGAGAUGCCAAAAUAUGCCAAGUUCUUCAAGGACUUGCUGACAAACAAGAGACAGCUAGAGGAGCUCUCAAUCGUGGACCUAAAUGCAGAAUGCUCAGCGGUGGUUCUAAGGUCAAUACCUGAAAAGCUAAAGGAUCCAGGUAGCUUCACUAUCCCUUGUUCAAUUGACAAUUUCAAUUUCAAUAAUGCUCUAGCUGACUUAGGGGCGAGUAUCAACCUGAUGCCUUCCUCUAUAGUCGAGAAGCUAGGACUUGGGGAAAUGAAACCCACCAGGAUGUGUCUUCAACUGGCUGAUCGCUCAGUCAAAUAUCCGAAAGGAAUUGUUGAAGACGUCUUGGUCAAGGUUGACAAAUUCAUUUUCCCAGUCGACUUUGUAGUAAUGGACAUGGAAGAGGAUAGGGAAACACCUCUUAUUCUGGGAAGGCCCUUUCUGGCUACCGCCAGGGCCUUGAUUGAUGUCACUGAUGGCUCAUUAACUCUAAGAGUCGGAGAUGAUUUAUGCACCUUCCGACUCUCAGAUGUUAUGAAACACCCCACAGAUUCCUUUCAAGGAUGUCAUUUUCUUGAUACUUUCGAAUCAGUUGAAGGGUAUCUGUUUGGGGGAGAGAAUGGACAUGUAAGUGAUAAAGCAUGUCUGUUAAAAGAAGCAAACAGGGACAUAAGUGAUGCAUGUGAGAGUUGUGAGGACGUGAUAAUUGAGCAAGCUUCUCGCGAAGUAUUGCCUGAGUUCGGGGGGGAGAAAAAUGAACAAAACUUAAGAAAUGACCGCCCCCUCGAACUAAAGAAACUCCCUGACCAUUUAGAAUAUGCAUUCUUGGACGACGAAGGCAAAUGCACUGUCGUUAUCACCGCACACUUAAGUGAGGAACAAAGGGGCAAAUUAUUUGGAGUCCUUAUGACACACAAGCAAACAAUUGCUUGGAAACUUGAGGACAUCAAUGGAAUAAGUCCAACCUUUUGUACCCACACCAUCAAGAUCGAGGAAGGGUUUAAACCUGUCGUCCAACCACAACGACAUUUGAACCCAAACAUGAUGGAAGUGGUGCGUGCUGAAAUCGUCAAACUGCUGGAUGCGGGUAUCAUUUACCCCAUCUCUGAUAGCCAAUGGGUAAGCCAGAUUCAUUUUGUCCCCAAAAAGGGGGGAAUGACUGUCACAAAAAAUGAAAAGGGUGAACUUCUGCCCAGUCGAACUGUUACCGGGUGGCGAAUGGUAAUUGAUUAACGCAAAUUGAAUGAAGCCACCCAGAAGGACCAUUUUCCCCUCCCCUUCAUCGAUCAAUUAAUAGAGAGUUUGGCAGGCCGUAGUCAUUAUUUUUUCCUGGAUGGCAUGAGUGGAUACUUCCAAAUCCAUGUCAACCCGGAAGACCAAGACAAAACUACGUUCACAUGCCCUUUUGGGACCUUUGCUUUUCGUAGGAUGUCUUUUGGUCUCUGUAAUGCCCCUGCCACUUUCAUAAGGUGCAUGAUUGCCAUAUUUGAGAAAUACAUUGGUCACUUCAUGGAGGUAUUCAUGGAUGAUUUCUCUAUUUUUGGGGAUCCUUUGAAAAAUGUCUUGAAAACCUGGAAAAAGUACUUAUCCGCUGCAAGGAAACCCACUUAGCCUUAAGUUGGGAGAAAUGUCACUUCCUUGUGAAAGAGGGUAUAGUACUUGGACACAAAGUGUCAAGUAACGGGGUCGAGGUUGACCGUGCGAAAAUUGAAACGAUAGAGAAACUCCCUCUACCAACCACGGUAAAAGCCAUCCGCAGUUUCUUGGGACAUGCGGGCUUUUAUCGUCGUUUUAUAAAGGAUUUCUCUAAAAUCGCAAAACCUCUCACCCGGUUACUCGAAAAAGAUGUGGUUUUUAUAUUCUCUGAUGAAUGUCACCAAGCUUUCCAAACACUUAUAACACAACAUAUCAAUGCUCCAGUACUUGUGGCCCCAGAUUGGAGUUUACCUUUCGAACUCAUGUGUGACGCUAUGGACUUAGUAGUGGGAGCCAUUCUCGGCCAAAGGAAGGACAAGAACUUCCACCCGAUCUACUACGCUAUCAAAAUUCUGUCCGGGCCACAACUGAACUACACCACCACUGAAAAAGAAUUCCUUGCUAUUGUUUGUGCUUUAGAGAAGUUUAGAACUUACAUCAUUCUUUCAAAGGUUAUUAUCCAUACCGAUCAUUCAGCCAUUAGAUAUCUCCUCCAAAAGCAUGAUGCUAAGCCUAGACUGUUACGCUGGGUUCUUUUGUUGCAGUAAUUUGAUAUUGAAAUCAGGGACCGGAAAGGGUCUGCUAAUCAGGCAGCUGAUCACCUUUCAAGGUUAGAUGUCGAAUUAGCAGAAACCUUUGGAAGAUGCGAGGUGGAUGAACUUUUUCCUGCGGAGAGGUUAAUGGCAAUAUCCGCCAAUGAACAAACACCAUGGUAUGCCGACAUUGCCAACUACCUUGUUGGUAACGUCAAGCCUACCGACCUAACAAGGCACAUGAAGAGACGGUUCCUGUCAGAAGCAAGGCACUAUUUUUGGGAUGAUCCAUAUCUAUUCCGAAUUUGUGCUGACCAGGUGGUGAGAAAAUGUGUUACUGAAGCUGAGGGAAGAGACAUACUGAAACAUUGUCACAGCAGUCCUACUGGGGGCCACUUUUCAGGGAAUAGAACUUCCAGACGGGUUCUGGACUGUGGGUACUUCUGGCCCACGAUUUUUAAGGAUGCUAAUGUAUUUGUUUCCUCUUGUGAUAACUGUCAGCGAAUCGGGAACAUUUCUGGGCGCAAUGAGAUUCCCCAACACUUUAUAUUACCUUGUGAGGUAUUUGAUGUUUGGGGCAUCAACUUUGUUGGACCUUUUCCCAGCUCAAGAGGGAACAAAUACAUUCUUGUGACCAUUGAUUAUGUUUUCUAAGUGGGUUGAAGCUCAGGCCUGCGUCACCAACGACUCUCGAGUAGUCGUGAAUUUUCUGAAAAAGUUGUUUACAAGGUUUGGUGUGCCUAGGGUUUUGAUCAGUGACAGAGGGACUCAUUUUGAUAAUGAUCCAAUGGCCAGACUUUUGGCCAUAUAUGGAGUCCAGCAUCGAAGCGGAGUAGCGUACCACCCCAGAUUCAGGGGCAGGUGGAGAACGCUAACAGGGAUUUGAAGUCCAUUUUAGAGAAAACUGUUACCCAGACUCGGAAAGAUUGGUCAACUAAACUUGACGACGCACUGUGGGCAUUUCGGACCGCAUACAAAACCCCGAUCGGAACCACCCCAUUUCGCCUAGUAUACAGGAAGUCUUGCCACUUACCCGUUGAACUCGAACAUAAAGCACUUUGGGCGAUGAAAAUUGUGUGUUUUAAACUUGACGCUGCAGGGCAAGAACGAUUUUACCAGCUAAAUGAACUGGAAGAGUGGAGAGUGCAAGCUUUUCAUAAUUCCAAACUUUACAAAGAACGGGCCAAACUCUGUCAUGAUCAACACAUCAAGGCCCGUGGUUUCAAUGCUGGGGACAAAGUGCUACUAUUCAACUCCCGGUUAAUUUUUAUUCCGGGAAAACUGAAAUCAAGAUGGUCCGGACUGUUCACGGUCGUGAAAACUUACCCCUAUGGCACCAUCGAGAUCGAAGAUGCAAACGGGGGUCCCUUUAAGGUCAAUGGCCACCAACUCAAACUUUACCACGGUGGCCCGGUCGAAAAAAGCAAGGAGAUUCUCUAUCUCCAUAAAUGUUGAACCAAAGGAGGAAAUUCGUCAAGCUAGUGACGUUAAAGAAGAGCUCAUUGGGAGGCAACCCAUUAUAAAAAAAACAAAAAAAACUAACCCUAAAAAAAUGUUAUUUUGAUUUUUGCAGAUGUCUGGAGGAGGAAGCGACGAUCCCAUCUAUCAGGAGCCACCACUGGCUAGGCAUGACCCAUUGCAUGUGCCAGAUACCCCAUUUGCUACUGAUGCUGACCACACACGCUUCCAGGUGUGGGGGAAGUACCGCACUCUCCUAGAUCCCAUUAUCCUAGAUCAGAGGAUGCUCGAGGAAUGGGGAUAUUGGGGGGACAUUGAUGCUCUACUGGGAGAUUCCUUGUGGCGUGGGAUUCUAUCCAUACAGGAGAGAGCCAGCUUCCCAUUGAUGAUGGAGUUCCUAUGCUCCCUACGCUUCACUCACUACGGCCACACUGUACACGCAGGAUCUGUCAUUGGGUCUGCGACUCAGAUGAGAUUCACUAUCAUGGUCAUUGAGCACUCCAUCACUGUAGCUGAGCUCGGAUGGAGGAUUGGGUUCUAUGCUCCUGCAUAUACACAGUCAGGUUGUCCAAAAAGGACAUACUAUUCUUUUGGAGUCUGGUUCACCGCACCCCGGUGAAUAUGGCAGUCCUUUUGGAACGUUUCUUCCGAAGCCUGGGGAAGAGUGUUUGCCGCACGAUCCAGGCAGGGCCCUUCGUCACUACUCUCAUCCGGUCUUACUAUCCUGACCUAGACAUUCCAGGUCUACUCCCACUACAGGAUAGCAUUCACAUUCUUAGAUCCUCAUCCUUUGGGAACAUGAGGAUCAAGAAGAAGCGAAAUACUCUGGAGCUUCCGGGCAUUGAGCAGUCGACCCAGCAGAGUAGCUCUUCUCGAGCCCCACCACACAGGAGACCUGGUGAGCCAUCCUCGGACAUGCCUAGUGCUUCAGAUUGGAGUGCGAUGAUGGACGCGAUGAGGGGUCUUCAGACCUCAUUCGUAGAUUUUCGGGGUGCACAGGAGAGAGCAUUUCAGGAGAUGCAAGAGGCACAUGCAUCAGCCCUGGUAGAAUUCAGAGAUUAUAGACUGGCACAAGAGGGAGCCAACAGAGAUAUUCAGGAGCAGC